AACUGUCAUUGGGGCAUUUGUGCAGUGUCUCGUGUUUCACCUACAGACAUGCUGACUAGACUGAACAGGAUUGUUGGGAGACAGAAUGAUGAGCACAGGGAGACCAAAGGGAGGCAGAAGGAAGAUGGCCUUCAGUCUCCAUGUCACACAUCAAGAAAUAAAUGGUUCUGGGGAAAGCGCAGGACUACUAGGAAGGCAUCAUCCACACCCUUCUUCCUCACUGAGCAGGAGCAACAGCUGAACCAGGUGGAUAAACUGACCCUUCAGCUACAGAUGAUGACCAAUGAGAGGAAUGAACUGCUGGAACUCCUGGCCCUUUAUAACAACAAUGAGUUGAACAACAGGCUGAAUUCUGAACUUGAGAUUCUGAAAACACAGCAUAAGAAGGAGAUGUCAGAUGUAAAGAAAUUCCCCAAGGAGAUUUGUGAGGCCUUGUACAAGUGCAAGAAGCUGAGUGAGAAGACCAACUCCUACUGCACCCUCUACAGUCAGCUCCUGAGUGAAUGGACUCAGCUAAAGGAAAAAGUGAGCAUGUUGAAAAAGAAGAACAGAAAGCUGCAGGGGGAACAGAUUUUACUACAAGAGUCCUGCGAGGAGGCGAGGAGGCUCUGUGAGGAGGCCCAUGAGAAGAUCUAUGACCUCUGGACAAGGCAGCAGCAGGAACAUCAAAGACUUGAGGAAAAUCUUCAGUCCCUGAGGAAGCAGAAGGAGCUGCUCACCCAGCAAAGGGACUUGGCUGCAGCAUCAUUUCACUGUGUCACUGUGUCCCAGAUGAGGUUUGAAAACCUCCAGCAGGAACUGGAGCAGACCACAGCCCAGCAUGAGAGCCUCCUGCAGAUGGAGCUGCUGAAGCAGAAACACUAUGUCCCUGGCAACUAA